GAAGAGCAAAAAGCCGAGCCUGGGAAAAAACUCAAGAAGAAAAUCAAAAAACCAAAAGAUGAUUUUGAUGAAAUAACUAAAAAAUUAUUGGAGCUUGAAGUUUCUAAAACAGAAUUAGAAAAACCUGAAGUUUUUGAAUUCGAGGAGAAAGUGAAAGAAGCUCCGUCCUUAGCUGAGUUUUCAGAAGUGAAGCCUCAAAAAGUUGAACGAAAGAAGAAAAAGCCUUCCCAGGUUGUUGCAAUGGAAGCUGAAAAAAUUGAGGUCGAAGAUUUAAGAAAGAUUAUUGUGGAACCUAAAAUUUCUGAAGAAUCAAGUAAACUACCCACUGUUUUGCUGAAGAGUCGCAUUUCUAAAAUAGAUUAUCCACCAGAAGUUUUGAAACCAGAAAUAACAGAAAUUGAUGCAGUAAAACACAAUAGUAGUUUAUCUCGAUCAUUAGAAGAAGAAAAAGAAAUUCGAAAAACGAAACAUAAAAAAUUCAAACAUCCAAAGAAGGAAGAUGUCGAAUAUGAACAACUUGAAGAAUUUGAAAACAUUGCAUCUUCCUCAGAUUCUGAAAAAGAACCAGAAGACACAAAAUCUCCAUAUAGAAGAAAAAUUAAAAAACCAUCUGAGAAAGAAGAGAAACUUGAGAAAAAAAUGAAAAUAGGAAAAGGAAAAAUUCCUGUUGAGGAAUCACCUGAAGAAGUUGUUCAUCUCAAGAAGAUUCCAGACAAAGAAACGCCUGAAGAAAUUGUUGAGGAAGAGCCCAAGCCUCAAGAGAAACAUGAAGAAGUUCCAAAGGAUAAGAAGGUGAAAAAGAAGCCUAAACAAAAGUUGGAACCUCUUGAACCUUUUGAAGCUCCUGAGCAUGAACCAAUAGAAAAAGAAGUUUAUGAAAAAGAACCUGAAGAGAAACCUCAAGAAGAAGUUCCUGAAGUUAAAGGUGUUUACAAACGAAAGACUAAACCAAAGCCACAAGCUGAGGAACCUGAACAGAAGAUUAUUCUUGGAAAGCCUAAGCCACAAGAAGAAGUCGAAGAACCUGAAGUUAAAUUUAGAAUUCCUGAAUCAGAGAAACCAGAAGAAGUUGAAGAACCUAUAAAACUUAAGCCUUGGACUAAACCUGAAGAAAAACCAGAAGAAGAAGUUGCUGAUGUCAAAGAGAAACCGAAGACAAGAAAGAAGGUGAAGAAACCAAAGGAUGAUGAUACUGAGCUUGAAAGACUUCUUAAUUUAGAAGUUGAGAAAACAGAUCUCGAAACUUACGAGAAGGUUGAAUUGGAACCAAUCGAGAAAGAAGCUCCUGAAGAAGUUGAAGUGAAACCAAGAAGACCUAAGAGUAAAGAAAAGACUGUGCAACCAGAAGAAACACAGAAAACGCUCAAACUUGGAAAAGGAAAAAUUCCUGUUGAGGAAUCACCUGAAGAAGUUGUCCAUCUCAAGAAGAUUCCAGAGAAAGAAACACCUGAAGAAGUUGUUGAGGAAGAGCCCAAGCCUCAAAAGGAAGAAGAAGAGGAAGUUCCAAAGGAUAAGAAAGUGAAAAAGAAGCCUAAACAAAAGUUGGAACCUCUUGAACCUUUUGAAGCUCCUGAGCAUGAACCAAUAGAAAAAGAAGUUUAUGAAAAAGAACCUGAAGAGAAACCUCAAGAAGAAGUUCCUGAAGUUAAAGGUGUUUACAAACGAAAGACUAAGUCGAAGCCACAGGCUGAAGAACCUGAACAGAAGAUUAUUCUUGGAAAGCCUAAGCCACAAGAAGACGUCGAAGAACCUGAAGUUAAAUUUAGAAUUCCUGAAUCAGAGAAACCAGAAGAAGUUGAAGAACCUAUAAAACUUAAGCCUUGGACUAAACCUGAAGAAAAACCAGAAGAAGAAGUUGCUGAUGUCAAAGAGAAACCGAAGACAAGAAAGAAGGUGAAGAAACCAAAGGAUGAUGAUACUGAGCUUGAAAGACUUCUUAAUUUAGAAGUUGAGAAAACAGAUCUCGAAACUUACGAGAAGGUUGAAUUGGAACCAGUCGAGAAAGAAGCUCCGGAAGAAGUUGAAGUGAAACCAAGAAGACCUAAGAGUAAAGAAAAGACUGUGCAACCAGAAGAAACACAAAAAACGCUCAAUCUUGGAAAAGGAAAAAUUCCUGUUGAGGAAUCACCUGAAGAAGUUGUUCAUCUCAAGAAGAUUCCAGACAAAGAAACGCCUGAAGAAAUUGUUGAGGAAGAGCCCAAGCCUCAAGAGAAACAUGAAGAAGUUCCAAAGGAUAAAAAGGUGAAAAAGAAGCCUAAACAAAAGUUGGAACCUCUUGAACCUUUUGAAGCUCCUGAGCAUGAACCAAUAGAAAAAGAAGUUUAUGAAAAAGAACUUGAAGAGAAACCUAAAGAAGAAGUUCCUGAAGCUAAAGGUGUUUACAAACGAAAGACCAAACCAAAGCCACAAGCUGAAGAACCUACACAGAAGGUUAUUCUUGGAAAGCCUAAGCCACAAGAAGACGUCGAAGAACCUGAAGUUAAAUUUAGAAUUCCUGAAUCAGAGAAACCAGAAGAAGUUGAAGAACCUAUAAAACUUAAGCCUUGGACUAAACCUGAAGAAAAACCAGAAGAAGAAGUUGCUGAUGUCAAAGAGAAACCGAAGACAAGAAAGAAGGUAAAGAAACCAAAGGAUGAUGAUACUGAGCUUGAAAGACUUCUUAAUUUGGAAGUUGAGAAAACAGAUCUCGAAACUUACGAGAAAGUUGAAUUGGAACCAGUCGAGAAAGAAGCUCCUGAAGAAGUUGAAGUGAAACCAAGAAAACCUGAAGUUACUGAAACGCCUCAGAAUGAACCAACAGAAAAGAAACCUGAAGAGAAGCCUCAAGAAGAAAUUCCUGAAGUUAAAGGCGUUUACAAACGAAAGACUAAACCAAAGCCACAAGCUGAGGAACCUGAACAGAAGAUUAUUCUUGGAAAGCCUAAGCCACAAGAAGAGGUCGAAGAACCUGAAGUUAAAUUUAGAAUUCCUGAAUCAGAGAAACCAGAAGAAGUUGAAGAAUCUAUAAAACUUAAACCUGUGACUAAACCUGAAGAAAAACCAGAAGAAGAAGUUGCUGAUGUCAAAGAAAAACCAAAAACAAGAAAGAAGGUAAAGAAACCAAAGGAUGAUGAUACUGAGCUUGAAAGACUUCUUAAUUUGGAAGUUGAGAAAACAGAUCUCGAAACUUACGAGAAAGUUGAAUUGGAACCUGUUGAGAAAGAAGCUCCUGAAGAAGUUGAAGUGAAAGCAAGAAGACCUAAGAGCAAAGAAAAGACUGUACAACCAGAAGAAACACAAAAAACGCUCAAACUUGGAAAAGGAAAAAUUCCUGUUGAGGAAUCACCAGAAGAAGUUGUUCAUCUCAAGAAGAUUCCAGACAAAGAAACGCCUGAAGAAAUUGUUGAGGAAGAGCCCAAGCCUCAAGAGAAACAUGAAGAAGUUCCAAAGGAUAAGAAGGUGAAAAAGAAGCCUAAACAAAAGUUGGAACCUCUUGAACCUUUUGAAGCUCCUGAGCAUGAACCAAUAGAAAAAGAAGUUUAUGAAAAAGAACCUGAAGAGAAACCUCAAGAAGAAGUUCCUGAAGUUAAAGGUGUUUACAAACGAAAGACUAAACCAAAGCCACAAACUGAGGAACCUGAACAGAAGAUUAUUCUUGGAAAGCCUAAGCCACAAGAAGAAGUCGAAGAACCUGAAGUUAAAUUUAGAAUUCCUGAAUCAGAGAAACCAGAAGAAGUUGAAGAACAAAUAAAACUUAAACCUGUGACUAAACCUGAAGAAAAACCAGAAGAAGAAGUUGCUGAUGUCAAAGAAAAACCAAAAACAAGAAAGAAGGUAAAGAAACCAAAGGAUGAUGAUACUGAGCUUGAAAGACUUCUUAAUUUAGAAGUUGAGAAAACAGAUCUCGAAACUUACGAGAAAGUUGAAUUGGCACCAGUCGAGAAAGAAGCUCCUGAAGAAGUUGAAGUGAAACCAAGAAGACCUAAGAGUAAAGAAAAGACUGUGCAACCAGAAGAAACACAAAAAACGCUCAAUCUUGGAAAAGGAAAAAUUCCUGUUGAGGAAUCACCUGAAGAAGUUGUUCAUCUCAAGAAGAUUCCAGACAAAGAAACGCCUGAAGAAAUUGUUGAGGAAGAGCCCAAGCCUCAAGAGAAACAUGAAGAAGUUCCAAAGGAUAAGAAGGUGAAAAAGAAGCCUAAACAAAAGUUGGAACCUCUUGAACCUUUUGAAGCUCCUGAGCAUGAACCAAUAGAAAAAGAAGUUUAUGAAAAAGAACCUGAAGAGAAACCUCAAGAAGAAGUUCCUGAAGUUAAAGGUGUUUACAAACGAAAGACCAAACCAAAGCGACAAGCUGAAGAACCUGAACAGAAGAUUAUUCUUGGAAAGCCUAUGCCACAAGAAGACGUCGAAGAACCUGAAGUUAAAUUUAGAAUUCCUGAAUCAGAGAAACCAGAAGAAGUUGAAGAACCUAUAAAACUUAAGCCUUGGACUAAACCUGAAGAAAAACCAGAAGAAGAAGUUGCUGAUGUCAAAGAGAAACCGAAGACAAGAAAGAAGGUGAAGAAACCAAAGGAUGAUGAUACUGAGCUUGAAAGACUUCUUAAUUUAGAAGUUGAGAAAACAGAUCUCGAAACUUACGAGAAGGUUGAAUUGGAACCAGUCGAGAAAGAAGCUCCUGAAGAAGUUGAAGUGAAACCAAGAAGACCUAAGAGUAAAGAAAAGACUGUGCAACCAGAAGAAACACAGGAAACACUCAAACUUGGAAAAGGAAAGAUUCCUGUUGAGGAAGUGCCAGAAGAAGUUGUGCGCCUUAAGAAAAUUCCGGAGAAAGAAGUUCCUCCUGAGGAGUCUGAAGCUACUGUUACUUUGAAAAGAGUUCCGGAAACUAUUAAGUUGGUUUCGCAAGAGCCACAACAUGCUAAGUUAACAGAUGCUCAGUCAGCAUACGAGGCUGAACUUGAAAAUAUCCGAAGAAAGCUUUCAAAAGUGGAUUCGAAUGUGGAUUCUGCUGAAAGUGAAGUUUCAGAAGCUUCCAGUAAACCAGAGAAGAGAAAGAAGAGAGUUCAUAAAAAGAAAAAUACUGCCGAUAUGGAUGCUGAAUUAGAAAGACUUUUGGGUCUUGAAAUUGAAAAAACUGAGCUGGAAACAUACGAAAAAGUUGAUGUUGAUUUACCAAAACGAGAAAAAUCAGAAGAGGUUCAAAUUGUACAACCAUUCAAGAGACUUGAAAAGGAUGUAAUAGAAGAAGAACCUGAGAAAAGUAUUACUUUACAAAUAAGUAGGAAGGAAAAAUCAGAUUCCCCUGAAGUCCAGGAAGAUAUUGUAUUCAGAAGACCGAGACAACGGGAGAAAUCGGAGGAGCCUGAAGAAGCAACAAUUUCUCUUAGAAAAGUACCAGAAGAAAUACCAGAAGAAAACGUUGAGGAAACCAUAAAGAGACCAAUACAGAAACCUACAACUACAGAAGAAGAAAAGGUUGAAUUUACUGCCAAAAAAGUUAAAAAACCAAAACUUCCUGAAGCUGAAGCUGAAGAAAGUAUUACAAAAACUAUUUCUUUGCCUGAAAAACCAAAAGAAGAAGAGCCUGAUGAAGAGCCACAUUCAGAAGUAACAUUUGGUUUGAAGAAGAAACCAAAACCAAAGCAAACAGUGUCUGAGGAAAUAGAAGUUACGGAAACUCUUAAAAAGAAGAAACCAAAGCUUGAAGAUGAAGCUCAAUUAGAUAUUACUGAAAGUGUCACAAUUGGAUUGAAGAAAAAGCCUGAACCGACUGUUUCUGAAGAUAUUGAAGUUGAAGAAACUAUAAGAAAAAUAAGAAAACCCAAAGUUUCCGAGGAAGUCGAAAUUGAAUUUUCUUCUAAAAAGCCUAGGAAACCUAAAAAGGAAGAUUUUGAGGCAGAAAAAACAAUUACUAAAACACUUGAAGUAUCAGAUGAAGAAGUCGAGCCUGAAGAACCUGUUCAAGAAAUUACUUUUGGUCUUAAAAAACCAAAAACGAAAUCAGUUGUAACUGAAGAAGAAGAAGUAACGCAAACCAUCAAAAAGAAAAAACCGAAAGCACCAAAAGAAGAACAAGUUGAAAUAACGGAAGAUGUUACAAUAGGUUUGAGGAAGAAACCAGAACCAUUGAUAACAGAAGACGUUGAAGUUUCGGAAACAAUUAGUAGAAAGAAAAAACCAAAACCUACUGAAGAAGCAGAAACUGAAUUCUCAGUCACAAGACCUAGAAAACUUAAGGUUCAAAGCGAAGAUGCUGAAGUGACUAUGACUAAAUAUGAAGAAGAAGAAGAACCAUUUGAAGAAGAAAUUGUAGAAGAUACACCUGAAGAGUUUCUCAUACGUAGAAAGAAGAAGCCAACACCACUUCAGUAUGAAGAGCACGAAGACGAAUUUACUAUCAAAAAAUUGAAAAAGCCUAGAAAAGCUUCAAAACCAGAUUUCCCAGAAAUUACUGAGCCAGAAAACGUAACAUUUAGGCCAAAACGAACAACUCACAAAGAAGAUGUUGAUCAAGAAUUUAAAAUACAAUUGGAUUCUUAUGCUGAAGAAGAAAUUUCCGUUUCGGGAAAGGUUAAACUUAAAAAACCAAAGCCGGUGUAUCAUGAAGAUUCAGAAGAACAUCGCAUUAGAAUAAUUCAAGAAAUUGAUGAUGAUGGACCGAUUAUUGAAGAAAUAAUUGAUGACGACAGCGAACAUGAAGACACAAUGUAUGAUGUCGAUGAACCUGAUGAAUUUUCAGACAAAGAAACUAUACCAGAAGAUUUACCAGAACAUGUUCUCUUUAAACUUAAGAAGAAAAAGAAGGAGAAAGCACCAUACAAAAUCGAAGAUUAUGAAGAAGAAUCAUUUUCACUGGAAUUCCCUAGCAAACCUAAGAAGAAAGUUUCAACCUUUGAUGAAGAUUCUCUGAAAUUGAAACUUAAGCGAAGAUCAGCUCCUAAAUACAUUGAAGAAGAGAAUUCUUUAAGCAUAACCCGAGAAGUACGUGAAGAAGAUUUAAUGGUUGUCAUUUGCUCUGUCACAUCAGACAAUGAUGACACUUUGAAUUUAGUUGAAGGUGAAAAGGUUUAUGUAAUCGAACGUUAUAACGCUGACUGGUGGUUUGUUAGAAAACAACUUAGCAAUGAAAAAGGUUGGACAGAAUCUCACAAUUUAAUGGACACAAUUAGUUACACUCAUUACGUUCAGAAAAAACUUAAUGAGAAAAUUGAUAAACUUCCUGUUUUCGAAAAACCAGGACCAAAUGAAAAGGCAUCAGCACCACGGUUUAUUGAGAAAUUGCAGCCAAUCAACACACCUGAUCAUUACACCAUUCAAUUCGAAUGCAAAGUUGAAGGAUCUCCACGCCCUCAAAUUACUUGGUUCCGUCAAACUCAAAUCAUUUUACCAUCACAAGAUUUCCAAAUGUUCUAUGAUGAAGAUAAUGUUGCAACAUUGAUCAUUCGUGAAGUCUUCCCUGAAGAUGCAGGAACAUUUACUUGUGUCGCUAAGAAUGCUGCUGGAUUUGCAUCAAGUACAACAGAACUUACAGUUGACAAUAUCUCUGAUCAUGGUUCAGAAAUGAACUCACGAAGGAGUAUGUCAAGAGAAUCUUCAUUAGCUGAUAUAUUGGAUGGAAUUCCACCAAUUUUCUCUAAGAAACCAAAGGUCAAAUGUGUUGAAGAAGGUUCCAAUGUUAUUCUAGACUGUGGUUUAGUUGCUGUUCCUGAACCAGACAUUAAAUGGUUGUUUAAUGGUAGAGACGUUUCAACUAUUGAAAACAUAAAAGUGGUUACAAAGUCUGACAAUCACAUGUACUGCACUGUUUUGCAAAUUACUAAAGUUGCGAAGAAACAAGAAGGCAUUUAUGAAGUCGUCGCUAAAAACCGAGAAGGUGAAUCAGUUUUACCUAUGAAAUUAAAAGUAUCAACAGGUGAAAAAGAAAAGCCCGAGAUUUUAGAACCAUUGAAAAAUCUUGUCGUAAAAGAAGGUGAACCGAUAACAUUUACAACACAAGUUACAGGAAAUCCUACACCUAAAGUUCAAUGGUUCAAGAAUGGCGAAGAAGUGAAAGAGAAUAAGAAGCAUGACAAGGAGAAAAGCAUUUACACUUUCACAAUUACAACAGCCACAGAAAUUGAUAGCGGUGAUUACACAAUAAAAGCAACAAACUCAGCUGGAACAGCAUUCUCAGGAUGCACAGUUACUGUAGAAGACAGUGGCAUUCGCUUUGAAUCACCUCACUUUACAAAGCGUUUCGAAGAAGUAACAGUUAGACAAAAGGAAACAAUUGUCUUGACUGCUAAAGUCACUGGCAACCCUGUACCAGAAAUAAUUUGGCUGAGAAAUAACAAACCACUGCAACCUUCUGAUAGAAUCAUCCCUGAAUUUGAUGGAGAAAAUGUUAGUUUAACUAUAAAGAAUGCAGAUUCAGAAGUAGAUUCUGGUGAUUAUAAAUGUAUUGCAAGUAACAUUGUAGGAAAGGAAUCACAUGGUGCUAAAGUUACUAUUGAUGUUGAGAAAGUUAAAUUCACCAAAUUGCUUCACAAAACUUAUACAGUUGAAGAGAACAAAACCGCAACAUUAGAAUGUGAAACUUCACAUUCCGUUCCAACAAAAUGGUUCCACAAAGAUAAGGAAUUAAGUGGAAUGGAUCACAGAGUGAUUGUCCACGAAGCAAGAAUUCAUAAACUUAUAAUAAAGAAUUCUUCUUAUGACGAUGUUGGAUCAUAUAAAUGUAUUGUGAAAGAUCAAAUCACAGAUACCGAGCUUAAAGUGACUGAAGCAAAACCAGAAUUCGUCAGAAAGCUUGAAGAUAUUGAAACAAAUGAACUUGAAGAUUUAAUUCUCGAAGUGGAAAUCACAUCAGAAACAGCAACAGUUUCAUGGUACAAAGAUGGCGAAGAAAUCAAACCGAAAGAUGAUAAAUUUGAAACUGUUAAGAAAGGAAAGGUUCAUAAGUUGAUAGUUAAGAACGCAACCGUUUACGAUGAAGGUGAAUACACUUGCGUUUUGGCUGAUCAAGAAUGUUCUGGUGAUGUCACAGUCAUCGAACUUCCACCAAGAAUUUUGUAUGAUCUUGAACAUAUUACAAUCGCUAAAGGAGAAAAGGCGACAUUUGAAGUUGAACUUACAAAAGGUGAUGCCUUGGUACGAUGGUUUAAGAACGGUGAAGAGAUUCAAUUCUCUGAUCAUGUUCAGUUACGUAUUGAUGGUAAGAAACAGAAAUUGAAGAUUUAUGACGCUGAAAUUGAAGACACUGGCGAGUAUUCAUGCAUAGUAGCUGACCAAGUAUCAACUGGAUCAUUGACUGUUGAGAUGCCUUUAGUUGAAUUUAUCAAACGACUACCUGACAUAACUUUAGUCACAAAAGAGAACAAUGCUGCAUUCACAGUUGAGUUGUCUUUACCAGACAUAGAAGUUGAAUGGUUCCAAGAUGGAGAACCAAUAAAACCAAAUGACAAAUUCAAAAUUUUGGAUGGCAGAACAGUGAAAAAAUUAAUCUUGAAAAAUGCACAAGAAGCAGAUGCACAUCAAUACACAUGCGUCGCUUCGAAUGUUAAGUCAUCAACAAAAUUAAAGGUUGAAAACAUAAAAUCAGCGCCAGUUAUAUCCUUGGAAGAUUUGAAUAAAACUUACAAAGUUCGAAAGGACGAAGAUCUUACAGUUACUAUCAAAUUUAUGGGAUCGCCAAAACCAGACGUUGAAUGGUCGGUUUCAGAAAACAUCAUUAAAAAAUCAAAGAGAAUUGAACCAACAGUUUCUGAGCAAUCUGCAAGUUUGACGAUUCAAAAGAUCGUUGAAACUGAUGCUGGUGAUUACACAAUCAAACUGAAAAAUGUUUGCGGAGAUGCUGAAACGUCAAUGAAAAUUAUUUACAUGAAACCACCAUCAAAACCAGGAUCACCUGAACCAGUUGAAGUCACAGAUGAUUCAAUCACAUUAUUCUGGAAAUCACCUGAUGAUAUUGGCAACUGUGAAAUCAUUGAAUACAUUUUGGAAUACAAACAAACAAAGGAAAAGACAUGGAAGAAAAUCACAAAAAUUGUUGAAACCACUUACACAUUAACAAAUCUUAAAAAAGACACAGAAUUGAAUUUCCGAGUAACGGCUGUUAAUGAAAUUGGAGAAAGUGAACCAUCAGAUCAAUCGACUGCUAAGAUCAUGAAGCCGAUUGUUAAGGAGAAAGCUAUCUUCACAGAACCACUUAAAGACAUCUCAAUUGGCCUCAACAAACCAUUAACAUUGUCAUGUGUUGUCGGAGGUUUUCCAAUUCCAGAAAUCACUUGGUAUAAGAACGAUCAAGCAUUUGCAACACGUACAAUUACUUAUGAGAAUCGUACUGCAAAAUAUACUGUUGAAAGCACAACAGAAAGUACCGCUGGAACUUACAAAUGUCAUGCUAAAAAUGAAAUCGGUGAAAGUUACACAACUUGCACUGUGGUAAUAGAAGAAAAGCCACUCAUUACAGUGGAAGAAACUCUGAUAACUCAGAACUUGAAGGUAGGAUCACAUUACGAAGUGAUUGCAAAUGUCACUGGCUAUCCACUUCCAAAAGUUUCGUGGGUCAAAGAUAGUCUUAAGAUAGAAACCAAUGAAGUGUAUAACGUAGAAAUUACUGAAACAACAAAAACAUCCCUUACAACUAAGUUCGUCAUUAAAUCCAUCGAGAGACAUCACAGUGGUAAAGUAACAGUGAAAGCAAAGAGUUCAGCUGGAUCAUCAUUAGUUGAUUUCUCAGUAACUGUUAUUGAUAAGCCAAGCAAACCUGAAGGUCCAUUAUUAUUCCGAGAACCAGUUACUAUUAAAAAGGUUUGUGAGCCUCCAUCACCUCCAAGAGGUCCAAUUGAAAUUUCUGGUAUGACUGACACAUCAUUUACACUCACAUGGAAACCAUCUGAGAAAGACGGCGGAUCAAGACUCAUCGAGUACAUUGUUGAGAUUCGUGAAAGUAACAAGAAAGUGUGGAAAAUGUUGAACAUUACAUCGUUCGACCAAACAAGCAUAUUUGUUCAAAAAUUAGUCAAGGAUCAAGGAUACCACUUCCGCAUUACAGCUCGCAACAAGAUUGGUACAAGCGAUCCAUUAAUCACUGACGAGAAGAUUAUUGCCGGACGGCAGAUAACUCCCCCAUCGCCACCUCAAAACCUACAUGUCACUAACGUUACAAGCAAGAGUGUAACAAUUGAAUGGGAAACACCAAGUAGUAAUGGAGGAACUGAGAUAACAACUUACAUCAUUGAAAAGCUUUUAACAAAAUCGUCACAAUGGAGUCGAGUAGCGACUUUGGACGCAUUUUGUCUUAGCUAUUGUAUCGAUAACCUGAAAGAGACUACUGAAUUAAGCUUUAGAGUAUCAGCUGAGAAUGCAAUCGGUGUUAGUGCACCAGCAUAUACAGAACCUGUUAUUCUUAAAACGCAUGCAACCGUUCCAACUCCACCAACUGGCCCACUUGAAAUUCGUUUGAUCGGUUCAAGUACCAACGUUGUUGAAUGGGGUGUGCCUGAAUCAGAUGGCGGUGCUCCAUUAUUAGGAUAUAACAUUGCAAUUCGUGACAUUAAAAAGACAAUGUGGAUUGAAGUUGGAAGAUGCAAAGCAGAUGUACAGAAGUUCAGUAUAAGAGAUUUACAAGAAGGUCACAAAUAUAUGAUUCGUAUUUAUGCUCGUAACGAGAUUGGAAACAGCGAUCCGUUGGAGUCAGAAGAACCUUAUGAAGUUCUUCAUGGCAUGGGUCACGAUGCCCAAGAUGAACCACAAAUGACUGAAGCAACGGGAUGGAGUACUGAAAAUACUUCAUCUUGGAUGCGUGAACAUAAUAUGGAUGCCGAUAUUAGCACAUAUGCUAAAGCUAAGCUGUUAAGAAGAGAUGAAUACUUCUUCAAGAUUUGGCAUCACGCCAAAAAACUGUUUAAAAAAUAAUUUCGAGCUUGUAAACGAAAAUAUUUUGUAUAAAAUAUUUUAUUAAGUAAUGGUUUUAAUUUUUCUUUUAAUAUAUUUCAAUUCUUUAAUGAUCAUGAAAGUUUGAAGAUUUCAUUUUGAGAAAUGAUUUUCAAUUUAACAUCAAAAAACAUAGAGUAAGCGAAGAGUAGCAAAUCAAUAUGAAAAUCAGUUAUCAGAAUAAAUCUUCAAACUUGAAUGUUUCAUUUUACAUAAACGAUGAUUUUUUGUUUUAUUAGUAAGAAAAAUGUAAACGUAAAUAGUGAGAAAUCAAUAUCAUUUCAUAAAGCGGACAAUCUUUUUUCGGGAGACAUAAAUAUAGAUGCGACCGCUACUUCACUUUGACGUUUCCAUUUUUCUUAAUUUUAUACUUCAAUAUUAUAAUACGCAAUCAAUAAAGAAAAUUCUUUUUUUAUCCCA